GCUUCCGGAAACCCGCCACCAGAAGCGAACGGAGCAGAGAAGAAAAGCUACAAAGUGCCUCCGAGAGAGGGAGUAAAAAAUGUUCUCAAUCGCAGCCAUUAACGAUACGGAUUCUAGAGGGCAAUGGGAACCCUUAGCUCCGACAAAAGAAGCUCAGGAAUUCCAUCUUACACAAAAUUACCAUGAUGGGCUGCUGAAGUUAGAAGCCAAAGAGUAUGAAAAGGCUCGUGAACUGUUAGAAGCUGUCUUGAAAGAUCCUCUUAUAUCAGAAGCUCAGGUGGAUGGUAAUGAUGCUGAUGGUCAUCUCUUACAGCUCAAAUUUUUGGCGUUAAAGAACCUUGCCACUGUUUUUCUUCAACAAGGCUCUAGUCAUUAUGAGGGUGCUCUGCACUGUUAUCUUCAAGCUGUAGAGAUAGAUACAAAAGAUUCAGUUGUCUGGAACCAGCUAGGAACACUAUCAUGCUCAAUGGGUACACUAAGUAUUUCUCGUUGGGCUUUUGAGCAGGGACUCUUGUGCAGCCCUAAUAAUUGGAAUUGCAUGGAGAAACUGUUGGAAGUUCUCAUUGCUAUUGGUGAUGAAGUUGCAUGCCUUUCAGUUGCUGAAUUGAUUUUAAGACAUUGGCCAUCACAUUCUCGUGCCUUGCAUGUAAAAAGAUGUAUUGAAGAGUCAGAACCAAUUCCUUUUGCUCCUAGAGGUAUAGAUAAGCUGGAACCUAAACAUGUUCGUCUUAAAUUCCAUGACAAAAGAAAAGCACCUGAUCAGAGUCCAGGUGAGGGCACUGCAUUAAAACGGCCGAACCAGAACAUAGAGUUGCACCUUGCAGAAGUUUCCUGGGUGGCUCUCAUUGAUUUGCUCCUGGAAAUUUUACGUCCACUGAAUGGUUGUGGUUCUGAGAUGGGGCCUGGAAAAGCAUACAGAUCUGGAGAUAUCAGGUUAACUAUAUUCUCGCCUUUGAGUUCUGAUCUUGUUAUGGGGUCUCUGGAAAACAAAGGGCCUAAUUUAGCUUCAGGUGGCAAAGCUAUGCCUCCUGGUGAUAGUGAUAGUGAAAGGUCUAACUUCAUUAAAGAAAAACAACCAAACUUUUUUGAAGAGCAGCCACAGGAGAGGCGGAGUACUCGUCUUGAGAGCCUUAGGAGUCGGAAACCAGGGAAAGAAGAGUUAGAUUUUGCUACCACCAAAGAUUUGGCAAAAAUAGUGCCUCAGCUUCUUGAAUCUUUUAUCAUUAGUGGUCCUGAAAUUAAAGAUUCUAAUUACAUAGCUGGUUGUUCUUCCUCAUGUAUCAAUCAGGCUAGUGCAUCUGAUGUUGAAUGCAAAGAUGUUGCUGAUUUUGUGAGAGAUACUUCAAAAAACUGUGGUGCUUAUCAUUUGGGUCACUUGCUUUUGGAACAUGCUGCAAAAAGAAGCCUUGCCCUUUCAGAUGCAUUUCUCAAACUCCUUGAGUUAGAGAAGCUAACAAGAUACUGGGGCAAGGAUAGGACUCCUGAAUGUAGUCUUUUUCUUGCAGAGCUGUACUUUGACCUUGGAUCUUCUCCUUCCAAUUCAACCAAUGUGUCUGAAUUCUUAUCAGAGUCAUCCUAUCAUCUUUGUAAAGUAAUUGAAUCUGUAGCUUUAGAUUAUCCUUUUAACUUGACUUCUUCGUUGGGGAAAGAAAAUUUCUCUCCAGUUAAGGGAUUGCCAGGCACCCAUGGAAUAUCACCUGAUGAUUCUAUUUGCCAAGAUACUUUGUUAGACAAUUCACCUAUAUCCAAUAAAGAUUCCUUCUGGACUCGGUACUUUUGGUUGAGUGGUCAAUUGUCUGUUUUGGAUGGCAACAAAGCAAAAGCACUUGAAGAAUUCUGUAUUUCCCUAUCACUUCUGGCAAAGAAGGAAAAACCAGAUGAUUCUCUAGCUUUGGUGCAGCUGCCACAUUGUAAAAUUACUAAAGAGUUAACUACUGAUAGGAUUCUCCAUGAAAUAAAUUUAUUGAAAGUUGGUUUCUUGCUGGAGAAGACUCUGGGUGAGAUGGUUGAGAAAGAAAUGUAUAUGGAAUGUGUAACUCUGCUUGCUCCCCUUCUUUUCUCAACCAAAGAUGCAUUGCUGUUAUCCGCUGCUGACAAAAAGGAUGAAGGGAUUAUAUCUGUUGAACUCUCAGCACUAGACAUAUUAAUCAAAGCGUGCGAGAAGGCAAAGCCGUUGGACAUUGAAUCAUAUCUGAAUUCUCACAGAAGAAAGCUUCAAAUGCUACUGCUAUUAGCUGGUAUGGACCACCUUGUGUUCUGUAAAGCCUUACAUCAGAAAUCACUGUCAGAAAUCCUUUCUGCUUCUUCUACUGUGCCACAAGAAAAUUCAAGUGAGAACUGGAAUUGCUUGGUUUCAGAGGAAGUGAAGUCAAUUUCACAAUGUGUGGCACAAGUGAAGAACUUCAUUGACCAAUCUGGAGGUUCCAAUGACAUGAUUCCAAUCAGCAUCAUCAGUGAUAUACAGUCUUUGCUGCUGGCAGUCAUGUAUAAUAUUGCAAGGAAUAUCCUCAGUAAUAAAUCUUGUGGUCUGGCAGUUGCUGAUAAUCCUGAACAAAAGCAAAGUAGCUGCUUCAUUGACGCAGCCAUAGCAUUCUGCAAGCUUCAACACCUCAACCCUUCUGUACCUUUUAAAACUCAGGUUGAAUUAAUUGUGGCAGCCCAUGACUUGCUUGCUGAAUAUGGGCUUUGUUGUGCGGGUGAGGCUGGUGGAGAGGAAGGAGCAUUUCUUAGAUUUGCAAUAAAGCAUCUAUUGGCCUUAGACAUGAAGCUAAAAUCCAAUUUUAACCCCUCAGAUGGGGAGAUAAUUUCAUAUGCUGAGCUGCUUCAUCAUGAUGGUGGCAUUAAUACAUCUGGAAAUGAAAUAAAAUCUGAAAAGGAAGAUGUGGAGAUGAAUGAAGCUGAAAAUGCUGAUACCUCUGCUGUGAAGAAAGAUGAUUUUGAAAGAAUUACUUCUCCAAAUGCACCAUCUUCUUCAGACCCAAAUAAAAAGGAUGAAGCAGUGCAUGAAAACAUUCAAAGACAAUAUGUUGGUGAUCACAAACUAGACAUGGGAGAACAAGGUGGGGAUCAGGAGUGUGCAAAUGCACUUACAGAAGAUGAAAAAGAGGAGCUUGAAGAAAUGAUUGAUAAUGCUUUGGAUCAGUGCUUUUUCUGCUUAUAUGGUCUGAACCUUAGAUCUGAUUCAUCUUAUGAGGAUGAUCUGGCUGUGCACAAGAAUACUAGUCGGGGUGAUUACCAGACCAAGGAACAAUGUGCAGAUGUCUUUCAGUACAUACUGCCUUCUGCCAAGGCUUCUUCUAGAACUGGAUUGAUCAAACUUCGUAGAGUACUAAGAGCCAUACGCAAACACUUCCCCCAACCACCAGAAGAUGUUUUGGCUGGAAAUGUAAUAGAUAAGUAUUUAGAUGAUCCUGAUAUAUGUGAAGAUGAGCUGUCUGAGAAGGCUGGAUCUGAGGGGUAUCUUGAGAGCUUAACAAAGAUACUACUUCGUAAUGGAGGAAGCCUCAAACAAUACAAGGCAUCAUCAUUUAAGAGCUCUGAGCCAUAUUUGGAGGUCUAUUGCAAUUUGUAUUAUUUCCUGGCACAGUCUGAGGAGAUGAAUGCCACUGAUAAAUGGCCUGGCUUUGUACUGACCAAGGAAGGGGAAGAAUUUGUGCAGCAAAAUGCAAAACUCUUCAAAUAUGACCUACUCUAUAAUCCUUUACGCUUCGAGAGUUGGCAACGUCUUGCCAAUAUUUAUGAUGAGGAGGUAGACUUGUUGCUGAAUGAUGGAAGCAAGCACAUAAAUGUAGCAGGAUGGAGAAAAAAUGAAGCUAUGCCUCGGAGAGUUGAGAUAAGUAGACGGAGGAGCAGACGUUGUCUCUUGAUGAGUUUAGCUUUGGCAAAGACAUCAGAUCAGCAGUGCGAGAUACACGAGUUGCUAGCAUUGGUGUACUAUGACAGCCUUCAGAAUGUUGUCCCAUUUUAUGAUCAGCGAUCUAUUUUGCCCUCAAAGGAUGCAGCUUGGAUGAUGUUCUGUGAGAACUCGUUGAAGCAUUUCAAAAAGGCCUUCACACACAAGCAAGAUUGGUCACAUGCUUUCUAUAUUGGGAAACUCUCUGAAAAGCUUGGUUACUCCCAUGAGAUAUCUUUAUCAUAUUAUGAUAAGGCCAUUGCUUUAAAUUCAUCAGCUGUUGAUCCUUUCUACAGAAUGCAUGCUUCACGCCUGAAGUUACUCUGGACACAUGGAAGAAACAGUGUUAAGGUUUUAAAGGUUCUUUCAGCAUAUUCUUAUGAUCAAUCUGUAAAGGAUAGGGCAAUGGAACUCAUUAGGAAAAUGACUCCUGGAACUCAGCUUUUGCAAGAAGAUGAAAAGGAUAAAAGCUGUCAAAAUAUGGAGGAGAAAAAUUAUGAUGAAUCAGUGGGAAUGGAGGUCUGGAACAUGCUUUAUAAUGAUUGUGUUUCUGCACUGGAAAUUUGUAUAGGAGGGGAUCUUAAACAUUUUCACAAGGCCAGGUUUAUGCUCUCUCAAGGGCUGUACAAAAGGGGUGAGAUGGGUGAUGUUCAAAGGGCAAAGGAUGAACUUUCAUUUUGUUUCAAAUCAUCUCGCUCUUGCUUUACAAUAAAUAUGUGGGAGAUUGAUGGCAUGGUAAAGAAAGGAAGGCGAAGGACACCAGGUUUAGCAGGGAACAAGAAAGCACUUGAAGUUAACUUACCAGAGAGUUCUCGAAAAUUUAUAACUUGCAUCAGGAAGUACCUGCUAUUUUAUUUGAAGUUGUUGGAAGAGACUAGAGACAUCUCUAUCCUAGAUCGUGCUUAUACUUCUCUUCGGGCAGAUAAGAGGUUCUCUUUGUGCAUUGAAGAUCUUGUACCAGUGGCACUUGUAAGGCACAUCAAAGCUCUAGUAUUAUCCAUGAACCAAGCUGAGAUUGCUGGCUGCAAUGCUGCAAGCAGUCUUGAGCAUCAACUAGAGAAGAUAUUUGCCUUAUUCAUGGAACAGGGGAACAUGUGGCCUGAAAUCUGUAGUUUGCCUGAGAUGAAGAGCCCAGAAAUAUCUGAGAGCAGCUUAUAUGGGUAUCUCCACCAUUAUAUUGUGUCUCUGGAAAAAAAUGCCAAGCUGGAAACACUUGAAGCAAUAAAUGAGAAGAUCCGAAAGCGUUUCAAGAAUCCAAAGUUGUCAAGUGGUAAUUGUGCCAAAGUUUGCAGGCAUGCUUCUUUUGCAUGGUGCCGAUCUCUUAUAAUUGGCUUGGCAUUGAUCACUCCAUUGCAAUCUGGAUUACCAUGUGAGAUAGAUGGUGUUAUGGAAAGCAGCCAAGUACUUUGUAUUGAUCUGCAGACACAAGAGAUAUGGAAGUCAUCAUUUGAGGACUCAAAUCAUCUAGAAAAUCUUCAAACAAAAUGGAGCCCUAUCUUGACAAGAAUCAAGAAUGUAAUUGUAAAGAAAGCUUUGGAUGAAAAUAUUGAGACAGCUAAUUCCUUGCUUAGAAGCUGUUAUAAUUUCUAUCGAGAGAGCUCCUAUUUAAUGCUUCCCUCUGGUGUAAAUCUUUCUUUAGUUCCAUCUCGUCCAGCCACAGAAACACAAACUCUAGCAAGUGCAGAAGGGAUGGAGCUUCUUGAUUUAAGCAUUCCAAGGAAGCUUCUGUUGUGGGCUUACACACUAUUGCAUGGCCGCUAUGCAAACAUCUCAGUGGUUGUAAAGUAUUGUGAAGACAGUGCUAAGCUGAGGAUGAAAAAAGGAGCUGCAAUCCCAUUAGCACCACAAAAUACAAGCAUCACCAGUGUCAUCACCACCAACACAGUUGUGGCUGCAGGGGUUUCAGGUGGUGGAAAAGAGGGUGCCAGCCAUGGUGGAAGCAGUGAAGUAGAGGCUGCCUCGGUGACGUCUGCAGCAUCUGCUUCAUUACCAGAGGGGGAGAGCAGAAAUUGCGCCAAUCCUCUUGCUUCUAAUACGGAUAGCCAAAGGAGCUUAUUCACAGCUCCACAACUUCACCCCUGCAACAACAACCCUGUAGCUGAAAGAGGCACAGCAGCGGAUGAAGGGGGAGAUCCUGACACGGCCUAACUUAAUUGCUUGUUGUAACUUGUAAAAAAUGUACAAGGAGGGCUUCAACCAAGGCUUUGGAUCCUUACAAAAGCCCCUUUUUUUUUUUUCAAAAUAUAAAAAAUUCUUUAGAAAUUAACGUUAAAAAAUUAAAUCAAAAUUUUCAUUUUUA